AUGGAGAAGUCAAGGAAUCUGUUUCGAUCAUUUCGACGCAGUCAACAGUACAUCUGCCCGCAAUGCUUCCGCCAGAACACCCGCAAACCCUCAUCGCUGCUCCGCCAGCAGCAACGGCGCCAUCAAUCCAGUCAACCUGUCGACGACCCGGCCUUCAAAUCUAUCCUCGAUAAACCCCCUAUUCUCAUGCGAUCCGGUCGCAAACACAAACCAAUUGGCCUGGCGAUUCUCGCAGCGAUACCUAUCACUGCAUUCUUCCUUGGGUGCUGGCAGGUCAAACGAUUAGAAUGGAAGUCCGAGUUGAUUGCCAGAUUCGAGGAUCGAUUAGUACGAGAACCAUUACCACUACCGCACAACAUCGAUCCGGAGGCGAUCAAAGACUUCGACUACAGAAGAGUUGUUGCAAGAGGAAAAUACAGACAUGACAAAGAGAUGCUCAUCGGACCGCGCAUACACGACGGCAACGACGGCUACCUCGUCAUCACACCACUUGAGCGAAUAGACAAUGCAGGACGCACAUCCACAGUCCUAGUCUGCCGAGGCUGGAUCCCCAAAGCCAAAGCAAAGCAAUCAGAGCGACAGCCGGGCCUACCAACCGGCGAAGUACAAAUCGAAGGUCUCCUCCGCGAGCCCUGGAAGAAGAACAUCUUCACCCCCGCCAACAGCCCUGAAAGCAACACAUGGCACUUCCCCGACGUGGCGCAAAUGGCCGCGCACGUGGGCAGUCAAGCAGUCUGGGUUGAGGAGACGAUGAAGCCGAAUUUGCUGGAGAGCUACAGGAGGGAAGAGGCGGGGAUACCAAUUGGCAGGCCGCCCGAGGUUAAUUUGCGAAAUAAUCAUGUGCAGUAUAUUUUUACGUGGUUUUCGUUGAGUGCGGCGACGACGUUGAUGUUGUGGAUGGUUGUGAGGAAGCCGCCGGGAGGGAGGGGGUUUGGGGUGGGGAGGGGAGUGAGGGAGAGUAGGGAGUGGUGA